UAUUCUUCUCUGUUCUUCGUUCUUCAUUCUACUUCUUCUCCGAAGAGACUUCUUUGACUUUUGAGGGUUUCUGCAUUCCUUCGCCAACAUUAUGAAUCUUGGAAAGCCACAGACUCCUUCGUCUUCUCAGAUGAGAGGAAAAACCUUUCGCCGUGGACCAGAACCAAGUGGACAUUGCCGUGUCUUUGUUGGUAAUCUCCAUCCAGCUAUUACUGAAAACAUUCUUAAGGAAUUUUUCACUAUUGCUGGUCCAGUUCAUAGCUGCGCUGUUUUUCACAAUGAUGAGUCACAUUACGGCAAUGUUGUUUUUGAGAAUCCUCAAUCAGCAAUCAUUGCUAUUGGAGUUCUGAAUGGAGCUUCUUUGGUAGGUAAGACCUUAAUAGUUAGCUGGACACAACCUACAAAUCCGCAGGAGGACCAAACAACCAGCUACUACUUUGUCACUGUCGACGAGUUUCUGCCAGAGAUUACUGGUGAUGUGUUAUAUGCAUACUUCUCUGUUUACGACAGUUGCGUUGAGGCAACUGUCAUUUUGGAUGAAAACUCUCGGCCAAUGGGUACUGCUUUGGUUUCUUUCCGCAGCCAACAGCAUGCUUGUAGGGCAGCACAUGAAUUGAACGGUACAAUGCUCGAGGGUAGACAAAUUAUCUGCGCUUUAUUUCAAUUUCCUGCUUCACCGGGCCGUGCUGCUCAUUCUGAAAAUUCACACCAUUUUUUCGAAUUAUCUACGCCAGAACUACCAGUAGAACCAUUCCAUGUCGAGGGUGAGGUACUACCGGAUCGACAUUUCAACCUUAUAUUAGUUUCCAAGCUUAGUCCCCCCGUCACACAAAUGCACAUGUGGACCUUCUUUAAUAGUCUUGGUGCUGGAACAAUCGAAAGCUGUAAUAUUGUGCCGGAGAAGAACUGCGGGUUUGUAAGGUACAGCAGUCAGUACGAAGCAGCGUUAGCUAUUAUAAAAGGAGACUACAGAAUGUUCUUCGGAGCAGCAAAAAUCACGUGUCACUGGACUGAGUGGCCUAAUAAGAUACAUCACAUGUGCUCCCCGGUGCCCCCCGAGCUCACAGCGAUGUUAGCAUCAGCACGAGUGCGAGCGCAUCGCCUUUUGAAGGCUCAUCUUCGGAUAUCUGGACACUAAACCCGCUGGAUUCGUCGUUUUCGUCGACAGCAGGUAAUGAGGUAAGGAGUAUAUACAUUGGCGUUGUACAUACCAUACCUUAGGUGUUUUGUUCGAGUUUGUGUUCUUGAUAGGUUGACAUGGGCACAAUUAAUAACAAC